AAAAAAACAAACAUUAAGGCAUAUGCUAUGGUUUGUGCGUAUGUGAAUACGCGUUUAAAUUAUUAUUAUCCAUGUGAAUAGGUUUCUAUAACAAACCGCAACAAUCUUAUUUUGAUGGAUGACUCAUACGAAGAUGAAGAGCAUCUUGAAGAGAAGGAUGUGAUUCGUUCCUCACCUCCGACUAGUGCGCGCGAGGAAAGCUUGUUUUCCUUCAAAGGAAUCUUUUAUCAGCGAUUAUUCCGGAGCCAGCUGCGACCUAAGGAGGUGGCAAAACAGGACAUCGGAGGAGACACCAUGCACGAUGUUCUUUUUUCGAUUUGGCAGAAGGUGGAGAAGUAUGUACGUCGGAAAGUAGUUUUUCGAGACGAUGUCCCUUAUUGGGAUGAGAAGGAUAAGGAAAAGAAGAAAAAAUAUUCUGUUACUGACUUAAAACAUCGAUCACUCCCAAAAAGGCGUGGAAAGCCACCACCUGUUGAGUUAGCAAAGUACUUUCGCUGGAAAACGGUUUCUGAGGCAGCUCGCCUUCAGGCAGUGCAUCGAGGAAUGGUGGUGGCGAAUACAAUCAAUGAAGGUUGGAUGCAAGGCAUUGCGGAUGUCAAGAGCGAUUUGAGAUUGGCUUGCGAAAUACUGCAGAAUGCUAUUCAAAAGGUAGAAGCGAUGCAAUCAAGAGGACUAUAUGGAACUGAAAUAUGUUCAACUUUAGAAACUGCAAUGCGCCCAGAAUCUCGGGACCCUGAAGAGCUACAGGUGAUAUUGACAUAUCAUUUUGAAGGGUUUUAGAUGUAGAAUCGAACAACGUGAUCAUUUUUUUUUUCUGCAAUAUUGCCAACAUUGCAUUUUUUUCGAUUCAAAACUUAAUUUGCAAUUUACUCAAAAUACCCCACCUUCGAUUUUGAUUUUGACCACACAAAUGUGUUUAGCAGACGAUUUUACAUAGGAAUCACUUAUCAGCAAAAAACAAAAUGUAGCGUUCCAGAGAUACAGCAUUUUCAAAAUUGCAAGAUUUUGGAUUUUGUCUAUGCACGAAAACGCUUUUACAUAAAUUGCUGCAAUCUCAAUGGUAUCCUAGCAGGCGUUUGUGUAAUCGAAGAGAUGUUCCUUAGAGGAGCAUCCGGUAAUGAUGUAACGCAAAAAAUCCCGCUCUAGAAUCAUUUUCACGAAAGGUUACAGGAGAGUUUUGGCUACACUUUUCGUAUUUAAAUUCAAACUGUUUUUUUGUUAAAUGUAGACUUUUGUCCAUGAUUCGAAUUUUGAAACCAACUUGGGACAUUGUUAAUACACACUUCUCGCUAAACACGUGAAAAGGGCCCAUGUGCCAUAUGUAAACAAGCCACAAUUUCACGUUUUUCAAUGAAUGCAAGCUUAAUCUACCCGUACAAAUAAGAUUGUUUGAUUACGAGUAAAUUCUUUUAUCAAUAAAUCUUAUUAGUAAGGCUAGAUUUGCUUGUAUUCAUAAAAAAACAAGAAAAUUUGGCUUGUUUACAUAUGGCACAUGGGCCCUUUUCACAUGUUUGGCGAGACUUAUCAUCUAUCAUAUCAUAUCACCGAAUUCGUCUUCUUUUCACCGACUUUUCAACAGCUGAGCGCUCGGUAAAACGUUCGGUUAUAUAAACCACUACCGAUCGAUCAGUAAUCAAAUUUUUGUUGCUUUCUGUCUUUAUUACCGACCCAAUUUGUGAAAACGGCAAAUGCAAUUAGUUGCCAAAACCACCGAUUAAAUCUGUAAGUUGUGUAAGACAAUACCGAAAGAUCUGUGAUAUUUGUUAUUUGUUCACUUUUGAUUAUUUAAGUAAACCAGAAAUAUGAUGUAACAUUGUUUUGAUAAAAAAAUAUUUUUAUUCAAAUAUUAUUAAAAAUUUUACCUAUUAAAAAUUAAAAAAAAAUCAAAAAUCGACGCUCGCCGUACCGAAUUUGUCAGGGUGAAAAUCAAUUAACCUUCAUGCCAGUUGUGCUCAUAGUUUCAAAGCCGAAGAUCUUCCGGGUGUGUCCAUUAACAAGGCGGUGUAAACUAUUUACGUAGCAUGCAACAGAUGCUCGGAAGUAGAAACAAUUUAUGUGAUGGUUUAAUGCCUAAAAUAUUUACAAAUUUUGUUAUUAUAUACCUUCUUACGAAAAAUUUGUACUAUGCGGUCAUCUUUUAGCUGAAGUUGUUGGAGAAAGUCCUCCAUUUUUUCGUAGGAACUUCAAUGUUCAAACGGAACCGAGAAUAUGACUUGACAAUAGGGUGGUUUACCGGUAAAACAAAAACCGGUAAAACCGAUAUUUUUUUCAAUACCGAAAUACCAGUAUUGGAGAGACGAAAAAACCGGUAUUUUCGGUAUUUUUCUUAAAAUGGAAAAAAAACUUCCCACAAUAUUCAUAAAUCUUUGUUAGGCUAAUGAAUGCUUCUUACUUAGGUAUAGUCGUUACAAAUCACAUGACGAUGUAUACAGGGUGUAAGGUAGCUCACUUUUAAUCAAAUCCUUUAAGGGAUGGUCAAAAUUUAACUACUGCAGAGUUAUUCUCUGCUUCUAGUUUUCGGUUAUGUUUACCUUUAACGAGGUCUAUCACAAGAAGUAAGAUAGCUAGCUCAAUUCUGUUGGUUUUCUUAAAAAGCUGAGAAAAUUUCGUAAUCAAUAGUGUCUCAAAAAUGUCGAAUUAGGAAGAACAAGAAGCCUUUAGAAAGGAACAAAUAUGAAAUCAAAUGUUUUUGAGAACUUAACAGCAAUUUUCUCUCUGAAAUGUGUGAUAAACAUGGAGUUUGUUGUUAACCAAAUUAAACAUUGAAGUCUACUCUACUAGUUGUUCUCUGACACCAAGCACCUAAUUCUUUUAGUUUAGAUACUAUUUCACUUUAAAAGCAAUCAGCCACGCCUUCGUUUAGUGUGGUAGAAUUCACAAUUUUCUGCUCGUUUAAGGCAAACAAAACCAAAAACUAAAAUUAGUGAAUAACUCUGCAGUAGUUUACUUUUGACCAUAUGAGUAGAAGGAUUUUUUUCAUCAAACAUGGUCCUCUAUCGCCCCUUGAAGGAUUUUAAGUGAGCUCCCUAAUAUAAUAAAUACAUUUAGACAGAAGCAACAUUAUAUAUAUUAAUUUUCCCUCACCUAUUUACCAAUUUUUGUUAUCUUUUUGUUUGUUCUGCUCGGAUUCAGACAAUGUGUUUGUGUGUAUCGAUAAUAUGUCAAAAAACUUCAAUAAAGCAUUUAUUUUUUAAGUAUAACAGCUUAUCUCUUCACACACUCAUACUCACAGAGGCAACGCGUGGGUAGGUUCAAAACCUACCAGUUUAACUACAAAUUAUGAGGCAGUAAUUACAAUUAUGUCAGCGAAAAAACGCAAGACAUAAUUCAUUUUGUGCUAUUUAAAAGUAAAACUAAAAAAAUAUAAAUAAAUAUAAAUUUGGAUUAGGAAUUUAUUUUUUGUUGAGACAAAGUGUUAUAAUCAACCAAUAAAGAUUUCAUCCUAAAAAUUACUGCUCCUUGAAAAAGUGAAAUUUAAAUAGCUGUAGCUUCGUCAAAGCUUCGUCGCCCGUACCGCAGCGGGCUUUUAUUAGCAACUAGCUGAAUGUACCCGGCCUCACUCGUGUACAAGUUUCUGCUUUUUCUAUUUCAAAUAUUAAUUUCUAUUUCAGUUAUUUCAAAUAUUUAUUUCUAUUUCAGUUACAAACUUGUUCAUAUGCCACUUUUUUCGUUUCUCCAUUAGAAGCUAAAGUUAAUAAAAUAAUAAUAAUAGUAAUAAAUAAUUUGGACGAAUUGUUUAAAGAGCAUCGAACAGAAUAAAGAAGUAUUUACCUUCGAUUCAUUCGGAUUCGUAAAAAGUAAAUUCUGGUCUGGUCGUGAUUUCUUUUUUUUAUUUCAUUCAUAUAUACUCUUCUCAACAGUUUCAAAUAUUGUUUUUCUACGAAAUUUAUUGUUGUUCACUAAUUUGAAACUAAGUUUUGCGAUGUGAAAGAAAAUUUAAAUAAAAAUCUGCAUGUUUUUUUUCGUUAUUACAUUAGUUUCGAAAUUAUGUUCUUCGUAAUCAUAUCACUAGAUUCAUUCAUUUGAGUUUUUCAAACACUGUUAUCCAGUGUUGUAUCUGGAUCGUAUACCACAAGAGAUCAAAAUAAUGGUCGCUAAGGUCCUAAUCUUAGAAAAAAAUCUGGAUCGUAAUGAAGCAGAGGUACUCAUAAAUGCAAAAACAUAAUCAUGCAGCGACACGUCCAUACAUAGUUGCAACCUGAGACGCUAAGCAAAAAAUGAAUUUCAAAUCCAAAUUUAUGUAGGUAACGUUUUCGGCAGUGGCUUACUUCGGCAGGUUUUUGCAUAAGACUGCGGCAGAAAACCACUACCGAAGACGGUCGACACCCCAUAUCUUUAAUUAUUUUUCAGUUUUAUUUUUAAAUAGUACAGGGAAAAUGACGCGUUUUUUUUUCGCGGACAAUCAUCAUUACUUCCCCGAACUAUGAUUUUAGGAACUUUGUAGUUGAAAAAGUAGUUUUAAAGACCACGAGUCACCCCUGGUUUGUAUUAAUCCGAAAGAAAUAAAAAUACCGGUUUUUUACCGGUUUUAUCGGUUUUUAUUUUUAUGAAUACCGAAAUACCGGUUUUUCGAAAAGUCGGUAAUACCGACCACCCUACUUGACAACCAGAACGAGAACAACGAAUAGAAAAAAUUUGACAGCUCUAUAGUUGGUCCAGUAGUUUUUUACCAAUAUUCGGUAAAACUUUAAUUUACCGAACAGUUCAGUAGAAAAUAUAGCAGUAUUCAGUAAAAUCAUUUGCUGAAUACAGAAAAUAUGUAACGUUAUAUCAAUUUUACAAACUACUCUGUAUUUUCUCAAACUUACCGAUCGAAAUUGUAAUAAUAAUUACCGAACAUUUAUUAUCUGAUUGAGUGUGUAGCGUGAAAAAAAUGCUGAUUUCAGAUUUCAUUUCAUUAUUUUGCAUAUUUACAUUCAAGACCACAUGUUCAAACAAAUCUCCGAACGCAUCCAAAAGAUUUUAUCAUAACCGAAUAUCUUAAUUUGCUCAUAUCAUAGCACGUUAUAGAGCAAGUAACUCUAUCAUAACAUUUACCCGCCUAUGUUCUUCUAAUUCUUCUUCUUACCCAGGAUUAGAGCAGAGGUGGAUUUUUCUGUUCUGUUUAUUUGACACAGGCUUUGCAGCCACUGAUUCCUACUGAUAAUAACAGUCUUCUUCCGAGCCUGAACUCGAACAUGCAACGACUAGCAGUUUUGUGACGAAAUUUGACGAGGGGGAGGCAUUUUUAAUUCUUUGUCUUGUCUUAUUCAUUUAUGAUACAAUGUAUGUUUUUAGUAAUAAAGUUUGCAAAAAAAGUCAUUGGGAUGAGGUGAGGGUGGGGGGCGUGGUGAGGAGUUUGUUAUAACUCUACGAAAUUAUCUAUAGAGGUUUGACUUUGUGACGAAAUGCUACGGUGGAAGAGGGGGAAGAGGGUAAAAAAAAUUCAAAAAAAAUACGUCAUUUAUGCAUGCUCCCUUAGUAGCUAGUAAACCUCAUCACGUAAGCUGCUGUGAUAACCAAUACCGUUUUCCAGCGACACAAAUUUGUUUUAAAUACAAUCCAAUUAAACACACCAUCUUCAAGAAUGAAAUGACUGUACCCGUGAGACACAUUGUUUACAAUUUUGAAAUCAUAGCAAAUCUUAAAUCAGGAAAAAACAUGACCAUUCGCCUGCUAGGAAACAGUUUUAAAUUGAGAGGGGAUAAUUUCUACAAUGCGAUAAACCAAUAAAAUGAAGAUUCAUGUGAAAAGUGUAACCAAAACUCUCCUGUAACUUUUCGUGAAAAUGAUUCUAGAACGGGAUUUUUUGCGUUACAUCAUAAACGAAUGCUCCUCUAAGGAACAACUCUUUGAUUACACAAACGCCUGCUAGGAUACCAUAAGGAUAGUAGCAGUUCAUGUAGAAGCGCUUUCGUGCAUAGACAAAAUCCAAAACCCUGCAAUUUUGAAAAUGCUGUAUCUCUGGAACGCUACAUUUUGUAUUUUGCUGAUAAGUGAUUUCUAUGUAAAAUCGUCUGCUAAGCACAUUGGUGUGGUCAAAAUCAAAAUCGAAGGGGGUAUUUUGAGGAAAUUGCAAAUUAAGUUUUGAAUAAAAAAAAUACAAUGUUGGCAACACUGCAGAAAAAAAUUAAUCGCGUAGUUCGAUUCUACAUCUAAAACCCUUCAAAAUGAUAUGUCAAUAUCACCUGUAGCUCUUCAGGGUCCCGAUCAAGGUUGUUAAUACGAUAGAAUAUCGUCGAUAAUCGUCAUCGCCGUUACCAAUAACGUAUGGCAUCGUCUAAGACAAGACGCGACAGCUGGCUUCUUAUUUUUCUCUUCGUAACGGCAUCCCCGUCGAAUUUUUUUUGAACGUUCCACACCGUUGAUGCCAGAAUGAUUAUUUUUAACAACUUUUGCAGGUCAAUGAAAAUAAAACAAAUUUAAAAUGUAAUAUAUAUAGGCGAAUAAUACUCAAUUUUUAUUUAUCAUUUUAUGUUCAAUAAAGCAUACUUCUACUAUCAAUUUUUUUCUUC